AUGGCUGAACAAUCAAUUGUUGAACCAAAGAUUGGAAUGAUGUUUGCUUCAGUAGAUGAUGGCUGGAAAUUUUGGGGAAAUUAUGAAAAAGCAACAGGUUUUGGUGUCAGAAAACAUUGUACUAAUAAGAAUAAGGAUGGAUUAAUUUCAAAAGAAGGCCACAAGGAAGAAGAUAAAAGAGUCUUGGGCAAUCAUCGAUGGGAAGUUAGAACAGGUUGCUUAGCUAAGAUCAAUGUGGGGUUAGAUAAAGAGACUGGAAAUUACGUUGUAAAGGCUUUGAAGAUGUCACAUAAUCAUGAUCUUGAGCCUCCUGAAACUAAUCAUAUGUUGAGGUCACACAAAAAAAUGAGUGAAGCUCAAGCCUUUGCAAUUAUGUUGGCAAACGAUUCUGGACUCAAACCAAAAGCAACUUAUGAAUUAAUGAGUAGGGAGGCAGGUGGGAGGUUGAAUGUUGCGUAUGUCAUGGAAGAUCAGAAGACAUAUUUAAGAUCAAUAAGAAAAAAAAAAUGA